UGUCUCCAAAACCAAAUAAAACAUCUCUCUUUAGUUUCUACACACACCACUUAUCAAUCAUCAAAACAACACCCAACAAACCAAACAUCACACCCCAAACUCAACAAAAAGCCCAAUAAAUCAACCCCAAAAAAAAUAAAAUUCGAUCAAACAAUCACAAAAACCCAAAUUCACCUGAGAAAUCGAGAGAGAGGGCCGUCCCUUCCCGGAGGAAUGGCAAACCUCACCACCAAAGCUACCGAUAACGGCGUCGCUUCCACCACCACCACCCCUACCAACAAAUCCAAAAACAUCCCAGCUCCACUUUUGGGACGCUUCGAAAUCGGCAAAUUGCUUGGCCAUGGCACCUUCGCCAAAGUCUACCACGCCAAGAACAUCAAAACCAACGAGAGCGUAGCCAUCAAAGUCAUCGACAAGGAGAAGAUCCUCAAGGGCGGCCUAAUCGCUCACAUCAAACGCGAGAUCUCAAUUCUCAGGCGCGUUCGCCACCCAAACAUCGUGCAGCUUUUCGAGGUCAUGGCCACCAAGGCCAAGAUCUACUUCGUCAUGGAGUACGUUCGCGGUGGCGAGCUCUUCAACAAGGUGGCCAAGGGCCGCCUCAAAGAAGAAGUUGCUAGAAAGUACUUUCAGCAGUUAAUCUCAGCCGUCGGAUUUUGUCAUGCUCGCGGCGUUUACCACCGUGAUUUGAAGCCGGAGAACCUCCUCCUCGACGAGAAUGGCGAUCUCAAGGUCUCUGAUUUUGGAUUGAGCGCAGUUUCUGAUGAGAUUAAGCAAGAUGGUCUAUUUCACACGUUCUGUGGCACGCCGGCUUAUGUGGCGCCUGAGGUUUUGGGUCGAAAGGGUUACGAUGCUGCAAAGGUCGAUAUUUGGUCUUGUGGGGUUGUGUUGUUUGUGCUCAUGGCUGGAUAUUUGCCUUUCCAUGACCAAAAUGUUAUGGCUAUGUACAAGAAGAUCUACAAAGGCGAGUUUCGGUGUCCCAGAUGGUUCAGUGCUGAGCUUGUUAGGUUGUUAACUCGUCUGCUUGAUAUAAAUCCUGAUACUCGGAUUACAAUCGCGGAGGUCAUGGAGAAUCGGUGGUUUAAAAAGGGUUUUAAGCAUAUCAAGUUUUACAUUGAUCAUGAUGACAGGCUUUGCAAUGUUGAAGACGAUGAGGAGGACAGAUUUAGCGAUGUGAGCUCGCUUUCUGAUCAAUCUUGUAUGUCAGAAUCGGAGGCUGAGUUUGAGACCAGAAGAAAGCUUACAUCUUUGCCUAGACCAGCCAGUUUGAAUGCAUUUGAUAUAAUUUCGUUUUCUGCCGGGUUUGAUUUAUCUGGGUUGUUUGAGGAGCGCGGUGAGGAGGCGAGAUUUGUGUCGGGUGCGCCGGUUUCGACGAUCAUAUCGAAGUUGGAGGAGAUUGCUAAAGUUGUGAGCUUUUCAGUGAGGAAGAAGGAUUGCAGAGUGAGCUUGGAGGGGUCUAGGGAAGGUGUGAAGGGCCCGUUAACGAUUGCCGCUGAGAUAUUCGAAUUGACACCGUCUUUGGUGGUUUUGGAGGUUAAGAAGAAAGCAGGGGACAAAGCAGAGUAUGACCAGUUUUGUGACACAGAGUUGAGACCUGGGUUGCAGAAUUUGAUGAUUGAGGAAAGUGCUGCUGCGAAUAAUGUUCCUCCUUCGUAUCUACCUUCAGAUACUGAAUAGGGAAGAACAGAAAGGGAAAUGGGUAUGCUUUAAUCUCUCUUUGUUUCUUUGUUUUUCUUUUUUUUCUGAUUUGCUAAGGCCGCUGUAAAGGUUCAUCUUUUAUUGAUUUUUCCUAGUUUCUUCGGUUGUUUGCUUUUGGGAAUUAGGUGAAGCUCUAGAUACUGCUCCGUACUGUCUAUUCUAUUCUUGUAUCGAGAAAGCUAUAGAUUAGAUAACAGAGAAUGGAAUACACAUUUCUACUUAUCUUGGAUU